AUGCAUUUUCAAAGUGAAGAAAAUUGGAAUCAUACAACUAGAACACAUUCAAUUUCAAUUUUAACGCCUAAAACAUCUUCACUUGAAUCGAUAGGACAUCAUCAAAAUAAUAGUAGUAAUAAUACUACUGUCAAUACUGUUAGUAGAAUGACAAAUCAUUCGAAAUUAGGCAAUUUAACAUCUGAAUAUAAUCUAACCAAUAACAGAUGGUCACCAGAACAUUUUAAUAAUAAUAAUAACAGCAAUAAUAAUAAUAAUACUAAUAAACUAACCAAUCCAAAUCGAUAUACACCUAAUAAAUUUCUACCGACUAAUCAAUAUCACAACACUAUGGAAGAAUCUAAUGCACCUGCUUCGAAUGAGACAAAAAUUCAAAUUUUGAAAUCGAUCGAUACGAAUGAGGAUGGUGGAGCUGGUUUUACUAGUAGUUCCAACAGUGGUCAAAUGGGAGUUAUUUCAACUAAUCUUAGUAAUAAUAACAAUAAUAAUAAUAAUAAUAAUAAUAAUAAUACCAUUGCUACAGUAGCGUCCAAUAAUAUCGUCAAUAGUAAUGCUAAUGUGGAUAUAGAUUCUUUUCAUUAUCCAUUACGUGAAGCAAUGAAUCAAGAUUUAAUCGAUUUACUACGAUCACAAAUAUCGAAAUUAUUAGAAGAGAAUGAAAAACUUGUAUCACGAAUUGAUGAUUAUCGACAAAAGAUCACACUGAUUGAACGUGAAAAACGAGAAGCAGCAGUCGAUCCAUCCAAUGAAAGUUUAGCAUUACAAACGGAAUUAGCUGAAGCACGAAUGAGGGAAGCAGAAUUGACUAUAGCAUUUGAAGAAUUACAACAUCGUAUUACAGCCAUAGAUCGACUUAUAGAAAGUGAUCCAGAAAUGGAGAAUUUUUUCAAUGCUGUAACUAUAUCACCAACAAGUUUAUCAAUGAAAAAACAACCACAACUGAUCAAUUCAAGUCAAAAUAAUUCACCAACUAAAUAUAAUCAUUAUUCACCAGGACAACAUAAUUUAUCUGAUGUUGAAGAUCAAAGAGUUGCACAUGAUGAAAUACGUUCAUCUUCAUUUUCAACAGAAGAGAAUAAUUCUCAAAAAUUAACUUCACCACCAUCCAUGAAUAGAUCGUUGUAUAGUCGUGUAUCUAACAGUAAUAAUAAUAAUAAUAAUAAUAAUAAUAAUAAUAAUAAUAAUGGUUACACUAAUCGAAUUUAUUCUCGUCUUCAAAAUGAACCAUACGGCAAUAGUAAUAAUAAUAAUAAUGUUAACAAUGAUAUCGAUGCUGAAUAUGCUCGUGGUAUUCCACGAUCAGGAUUAGAUUCACCACAAAGUGAUAGUGGUUGUAGCCUAGCUAGUCAUACAACAUCUGAUGGUAAAGAUGGCAAAGAAAUAAUAACCAAUGCAUUUGGUCGAGGAAUAAUUAGUGUAGAAAAUUAUGAUAAUUCUAAUCAUCGUAUAAAUAGUCGACGAAUACUUCAACCACAUUAUAAUUUUCCGCUGGAAUCCAAUAGUCAAACUACAUCUCCUUCUCGUAGAGAUCGAAGUCGUGGUGGUGCUGGUGCUGGUGCUGGUGAUGAUGAUGAAGAUUAUGACAUGGAAUCAAAAAAUAAUCGUCCAAAAGGAUUUAUUUCAUUAUUACGUAGAAGUCGUAGCAGUGCUGCUGAUCAUGUGAUAAUGAAUGGAUUUCGAAGUGAACUUGUCUCUCCUUGUUCAAAUGAUACAAAUAAUUAUCAUCGAACAUCUAUAGAAACUCCAACACCAACAGAAUCAGCAGCUACAUCGGAAUCGGAACAUUAUGAACUAAGUGGAAAUGAUAGAAAACCAGGUGAUCGUUUAAGUCGAUUAAGAGCUUCUUUUAGGCAAUCAUUUGGAUGGGCUUCAUCAAAACCGGAUUUUCGAAUGGAAGCUUUUGCAGCCAGACAAGGUGAAGCUAGGGCUUUGUUAAAACUUCGAGAAACUAGAAUGGAUGUUCUAAGAGUCCAAUCCAGAUGUCAAACAUUACAACGACAUAUUGAUCGUCUAGAAGCUAUUAAUUCAUUUCGUAUGUCUGAAUUAGAAGAUGCUGUAGCUAAUGAUCGUGAACUACGACAAGAGAUUCGAAAUUUACAAACUCGAAUCUUUCAACUAGAAGCUGAGCAUCGAGAAUUUAAAGUUGGUCAACGAAUUAAAGAAAUGGAAUUAAUGAGUAAACUGGCAGAAUCCAAUAUGCGUUUAUCUCAUGCAGAAAUAUCUAAUCAACAAGCUAUUGUUUGGUCUCAAUUGAAUAAAGCACAUGAAGCAGCAGCCGACCUGUUGACACCAGCACAUUCUCAAACAUCGUUAAUAUCAUCAUGUAUGUUAACAAUGGAUUCACCGUCUACUUCACGUUAUACCAUGGCAAAUAAUAAUAAUAAUAAUAACAAUGUUUCAAAAGAGGAUGGUAUAGAAAUUUGUCGAAAUAAUAAGAAUAGUUUUGCAUCAAUUUCACGAUAUGGUGAUUUAAGAAGAGAUGUAAGUGGAAGAAAAACAGAUUUAAGCAAAACAAAUAUAUUCACAGAGUUUACUGAUGGACAACAACAAAUUAUAAAUUAUGAAAGUAUCAAUGAUAGACGACGAUUGAUGCGUUCAGAGUCGAAUUCAUCAACUCAACGAAAUUAUCCACAACAACAACAACAACAACAACAUCAACAUUAUUUAUCCAACAAUAACCGAUGUGAUAAUAAAUCCAUUGAUUCUUUAACAGAAUUACAUUUAAUGCCAGAAGAAAUUAGCAUUAUAGGCAAAUCUUGCGAAAUUAAUCGAUAAUAUAUAUUGUCAUAUCAUCGUAUCAUAUCAUAUCAAGUCGUUCAUUCAACGGUGAAUUUCCCUUUUUCUUUUUUAUACCAUCACAUAUCGGAUAAAUUUACAUAUCAAAAAGACAAAACAAUUGCUUAUAUUACAAAUUUCUUCAAUAUCUAUACAAUAUAAACAUCAUAUUUGUGUAUACUGUUGUUUUUUUCGUGUUUAUUGGGAUAUUCAGCGGUUGUUUUUGUUUUGUUAUCAACUGACCAUUGAAUAUUGAAUCCAUCCUUUCCCAAUCAUUUCACUACUUACACUCUAAUUAGUAUAAUAAAAUAACACUUAAUGAACAUAAAUCAAAAUUAUGAACCAGUGUAUUUUUUAAUAGUUAUCUUUCUUGGGCCUCUGUUCUUUUUCUUAUCAACUUGUUUAUACUCAUUUCUCUCUCUUCGUCAUAAUCCCUUGAAAAUUGUCAUCUUUUUUCAUUGUUGUCAUUAUUGUAUUUGUUAGUAGUAAAUAAUGUUUUAUGCAAAAAAAUACAUAUAUAUAUGAAUAUAUAUAGUUAAU